GUAACAGUCACGAGUGUAAAAGAGACAGCAGCAACUAAAUGCUGUCUGAAGUGUAAAAAAAUAAAAAAAUUUAGUGAAAAUUAUUAAAAAAAAAUUAUAAUUAAUCACCCGCAUUAUUGUAAUUAUAAUUGUCUGUUAAUUAGAUUCAAUAAUUACUCUUUUAUUCGUUAAAAUUCAUUGCGACAUUUAACGUGACAUAUUUUGGUUUAACAUUUAUAUACAUAUAUAUAUAUAUAUAUAUAUAUAUACAUACAUAUAUAUAUUUAUAUUAAUAAAGUGAUAUUGUGAUGAUUUAAUUUCAAAUUUAAUUCCAACGUAAUUAUGAAUCAGCAAUACAUGCAGCAGCCACUUUAUGGUCAACCUAGACCAGGUUAUGAUGGAUUGAACUCCAAUGUCCCUAAUAUGAAGCCAGGAGCACCUGGACCAGGUUACCCUGGGCAAAAAGUCCCCGCCGGUAAUCAAGGAAACUUUUAUAAUUACCAGGGCGAUCCAGGUGCAAAUGGACCAGCUCAAGGAACCGCGGGGUUGACGAAUCAGAUGUCAAACAUGAGUAUCGCACCGAACUAUCAAGGCAAUAUGAAUGGAUUUAACAGCGAUGGUAACAAGCCUGGAGCCCCAAGUCUUCCUCCGAACGCAAACUUCAAUCGAUAUCCAGGAGACACACAGGGACCGGUAAGUAUGGGCCAAAGGCCGCCGUCUAAUUCAAGUGCUAUGCAAAGUGGGCAACCGGAACCUCCAGGAACUCAGUCACAGCCGAUGAAUUUUAUGCCUCGACCUACGAGAUAUCCACCAGGAGUGAGCGCUCAGCAAAAUUCAUUCGGAACACAAGGAACUAAUUUAUCAGCACAUGGUCAAACGGGAGGACCACCACCUGGUCCUGGUCCUUUACCACCAACUGGAUCAUUUGGAUUACAUGGACAGACAGGUCCUGGUCAAUUACCACCAACUGGACCACCUGGAUCAAUUGGACAACCUGGUACUGGACAACUACCACCUGGUCCUGGUCAAUUACCACCAACACAACAUGGCCCUGGUCAAUUACCACCAACUGGAUCACUUGGACAACCUAGUCCUGGUCAAUUACCACCAACACAACAUGGUCCUGGUCAAUUACCACCAGCACAACAUGGUCCUGGUCAAUUACCACCAGCACAACAUGGCCCUGGACAGCUACCACCUGGUUCUGGACAAUUACCAUCUGUUCCUGGUCAAUUACCACCAGCACAACAUGGCCCUGGACAACUACCACCUGGACCUGGACAAUUACCACCUGGUCCUGGACAAUUACCACCUGGUCCUGGACAGUUACCACCAGGACAACCAGGAGCAUACCAACAAAAUAUAAAUUACCAACGUGGACCACCACUGCCAGGUCAACCAGCUCCAUUCCCACCGAACCAAUCUCCCCUACGUCAGCCUUACCCUCCAUACCAACAACCUCCCAACUACCAAGCUCAACCUCAACCUCCAACUCAACCUCAACCCCCAUACCCCUACCAAGACCCUUACCGUUCCUACCACCCGCAGCAAGGUGUCAACAUGCCUGGAGCCCAACCCUUCCAACCCGGAGCUCAGCCCGCUCAAGCCAAGCGCCUAGACCCCGAGUCAAUGCCCAGCCCCAUCCAAGUAAUGCAAGACGACCAGAAAACCCGCGGCGGAACUUUCAUAACCAACCAAAAAGGCCUAGUUCCCCCCUUCGUCACCACGAAAUUCGUGGUCCAGGACCAGGGGAACGCCUCGCCCCGGUUCAUUCGCUCCACAAUCUACACCGUGCCCACCACCACCGACAUGAUGAAGCAAACCGGAGUCCCCUUCGGCCUGAUCCUCAGCCCCAUGGCCAAGAUCUCCGAGGGCGAGCAAGAACCGCCUAUAGUAGACAUGGGGGAAGUUGGUCCCAUCAGAUGCAACCGUUGCAAAGCCUACAUGAGUCCCUUCAUGCAAUUCAUCGACGCCGGGCGACGUUUCCAGUGCAGCUUCUGCAAAGCGACAACCGACGUUCCCCAAGAGUACUUCCAACAUCUAGACCACACCGGCCAGCGCAUGGACCGAUUCGAGCGCCCGGAGCUCAUGCUCGGUACCUACGAGUACCUCGCAACGAAAGACUACUGCCGCAACAACACGUUCCCUUCUCCCCCGGCGAUGAUCUUCGUCAUCGACGUCUCCUACAACAACAUCAAGUCCGGAAUGGUCGCUCUGCUUUGCCGAUCCAUGAAAGAGAUAAUCUCUAACUUACCCCGCGAUACCUACAGCGAGCGCACCAACAUGCGCGUUGGCUUCAUAACCUAUUCGACUUCCGUUCACUUCUACAACGUCAGCGCGUGUCUCACCCAGCCCCAGAUGAUGGUCGUCGGUGAUGUCCAAGACGUCUUCAUGCCUCUCCUCGACGGGUUCCUCGUCGACCCCGAGGAAUCUGCUGCAGUUAUUGACAGUCUGAUGCAGCAGAUUCCUGCCAUGUUCGCGGAGACAAGGGAAACUGAGACCAUUCUCGCACCGGCAAUCCAGGCUGGUCUGGAAGCUUGCAAGGCCUACAAUUGUGCUGGGAAGCUCCUGGUCUUUCAUUCCUCUCUCCCCAAUGCUGAGGCUCCUGGUAAGCUGAAGAACCGGGACGACCGGAAGCUGCUGGGGACCGACAAAGAGAAGACAGUUCUCGCGCCACAGAAUAGCGUUUACAAUAACCUGGGUCAGGAUUGCGUCGGCGCUGGUUGCAGUGUCGAUUUGUUUGUCUUCAACAAUUCCUACAUCGACUUAGCGACGAUCGGUCAAGUCUGCCGACUUACCGGCGGAGAAAUAUUCAAGUAUACUUAUUUCCAAGCAGACACUGAUGGGGAACGUUUGGUCCAGGAUAUCAUCAAUGACAUCACUCGUCCGAUAGCAUUUGAUGCAGUGAUGAGAGUCAGGACAUCAACUGGAGUCCGUCCUACUGAUUUCUAUGGCCACUUCUUCAUGUCUAACACAACGGACAUGGAACUGGCGGCGAUUGACUGCAACAAGGCGAUCGCGGUUGAGGUUAAACAUGAUGACAAGUUGACGGAAGAGGAAGGGGUCUAUGUCCAGGUAGCGCUGCUGUAUACUUCUGUUGGUGGGGUCAGGAGAUUGAGAAUCAUCAAUCUUAGUUUGAGGACCAGUUCGCAGAUGACGGAACUGUAUAGAACUUGUGACCCUGAUGCGAUUGUUAACUUCUUUGCUAAGCAGAGCGUGGUCAAGAUCAUUGAGAACUCGCCGAAGACUAUCAAGGACCAGUUGGUUGCUAGAUGUGCGAUGAUACUUGCGGCUUAUAGGAAACAUUGCGCGAGUCCUUUCAGUGCAAGUCAGCUCGUUUUGCCAGAGUGCAUGAAGCUGCUGCCGCUUUAUGUCAAUUGUCUGCUGAAGAGCGACGCGCUUUCGGGAGGUUCUGAUAUGACUAUUGAUGACAGGUCAUUUGUUAUGCAAGCUGUGGUCACGAUGCCGCUCUAUACUUCUGUAAUAUAUUUCUAUCCGCGUUUACUGCCGUUGCAUGAUCUUGAUACCCAGGCUAUGGAACUCCCACAGCAGCUGAGGUGCUCUUUUGAUAAAUUUACUGAUGAUGGAGCGUUUUUGUUAGAAAAUGGAAUACAUAUGUUUAUGUGGUUUGGUUUGUCUUUAUCAACGGAAUGGAUCCAAGCUGUUUUUGGUACUCCAGUGGUCGAUACCGACCGCAGUUCUAUACCGAUUCUAGAUAAUCCGUUAAAUAAACGGGUGAGAGAUAUUGUCAAUCGUGUUCGUAUGGAAAGAUAUCACUGUAUGAGGUUAACAUUCGUCAGACAAAGAGACAAAUUAGAAAUGGUAUUACGUCACUUCUUGGUAGAAGAUCGUAACAGUGACAGCAGCCCUAGUUACGUCGAUUUUCUUUGUCAUAUGCACAAAGAAAUAAAAACUUUAUUAAAUCAAUAAUAAAUUAAUUAAAAAAAAAAAAGAAAAAAAAAUAAUAAUAAUUACUAAUUUAAUUUAAAUAAAAUAAAAAUAACUCAAUGAAUUCCAUUAAUCAAUUAUUUUAAUUCAUUAGUUUAUUUUUAUUUACUUUUUUUAUUUUAUAUUUAAAUUUCAUAAAAAAUUAUAAACGAAAUAAA